AUGACGCGUGACAUUGCAACCACCUCCAAAUCCACCACACAUAAACCAGAAGAACCGAAACCCAAAAGCAACAUAAUCUCUCCGAAAAUUGCCAAAAAGGUAUGUUAUUCAUAAGAACGUCAUUUUUAACAUGAAAAGUUGAAAAAUAUGGACUGUGUUUCCAAAAAAAAUAUUUUUACAGACCGCGUCAAAAAGAAUGGACGAUUUUUCACUGCGAUUCAGUGGAAAAGCGCCCAAUUCGUUUUGAUCCGCGUUGUUGUGUAUAUUAUUUUAGUUGUAACUUUUUUUGAAAUAGCGUUAGAAAUUUGAAACUUUGUGAGAUUGAAGGUAAUUCUUUAUGCUACGUAUUCUGAAAAAUAAAUUUUAAAAAUAUACCGUAAUUUUAAUAGUACCAUAGUUCAACCGAACCCUACUUUUUCAAAAUUUUUGUAAAUUUUUUAACCUUUUUUUCGUUUCAGAAUCACAAAUCAAACCUCCUAAAGUGUACCAAUGUCAAGUUCCCUCAAGUCGUCAUCAAAACCCAGAAAAUGACCAGAACCGCCCUCCAGAAACACAUAAAGCUCAUCAAAUCCAAGCUCAACAAACGCAAAAACACCCUACGAAUGCGAGUGCUGAUGCAAGAAGAGUUCGAAGACAAGUACGUCAAGUUGAAUCAGGCCGGCUACGAGUCGGACGACAGUUGUGACGAUGAACCCUACAAUAAGAAGACGGCCAAAAGCUACUGCUACGAGUAUACGGACGAGAACGACAAGGACAUUGACGAGGAAUGGGACUUUGGCGACGAGAACGAGGACAAAUGGGAAUAUGGAGAUGAAAACGAGGAAGACUCGAAGGAGAUCUCAAUCAUUGAGGAGUUGUAUAGAUAA